CCCUUGACGGGACAGGACAGGAUCUUUCGAGAUCUCUCUUUUCUCCUUUGCUGCCGCUUCGCUUCCCCCCCCCCGCCCCUUCAUCGUGAGGAGUCGCGCGCCGCCGCUUAUUUAAACAGUCCGUCUUGGCCGCGGUCGCUCUGAGUGAACCGAGGGUCGGCGGCGGACGGGACGUUUCCUCGCGGCGUCGCUCGUCCACCACCACCCCUGCCCGCCUUCUUUCUUUCCUGUCCAGCGGCCGGCUCCAAGCCUCCACCGCUCCUUUGGCCCUCUCAGUCCGCCUCCCUCCCGACCCGCACUGCUCCCUCUCUCAGCAUGUCUGUGGUGGGGUUCGAUUUGGGCUUUCAGAGCUGUUAUGUGGCCGUGGCCCGAGCGGGGGGCAUCGAGACGGUCGCCAACGAGUACAGUGACCGGUGCACCCCGUCAUGUAUAGCAUUUGGACCUAAGAAUCGUUCAGUUGGAGCUGCAGCUAAAAGCCAAGUAAUUUCAAAUGCAAAGAAUGCAGUACAAGGUUUUAAAAGAUUUCAUGGACGUGCGUUUUUGGAUCCUUUUGUUCAAGAUGAAAAAACAAAGCUUGCUUAUGAACUUGCCCAGUUGCCGACAGGCUCAGUUGGUAUCAAGGUUAUGUAUAUGGAAGAAGAACGAACUUUCACCAUUGAACAGAUAACAGGAAUGCUCCUCACAAAACUAAAAGAAACUGCAGAGAAUGCCCUUAAGAGACCUGUAGUUGAUUGUGUUGUAUCCGUUCCCUGUUUCUUCACUGAUGCAGAGCGGAGGUCUCUGAUAGAUGCUACACAAAUUGCUGGACUCAACUGUUUGCGAUUAAUUAAUGAAACAACUACAGUUGCUUUGGCAUAUGGAAUUUAUAAACAAGAUCUGCCUGCACCUGAAGAGAAACCAAGAAAUGUGGUAUUCGUUGACAUCGGGCAUUCAUCUUAUCAGGUUUCUGUCUGUGCAUUCAACAAGGGGAAGCUGAAGGUUCUUGCAACAGCAUUUGAUAGCACCCUUGGUGGCAGGAAAUUUGAUGAAGUGUUAGUAAAUUAUUUUUGUGAAGAAUUUGGGAAGAAAUAUAAAUUAGAUGUAAAGUCCAAAAUCCGUGCACUGUUGAGGCUGUCUCAGGAAUGCGAGAAACUGAAGAAGUUGAUGAGUGCAAAUGCCUCUGAUCUGCCAAUGAAUAUAGAAUGCUUCAUGAACGAUAUUGAUGUUUCUGGGACUAUGAACAGGAGCAAAUUCUUAGAAAUGUGUGAUGACCUUUUGGCUAGGAUAGAACCACCUCUUCGCAGUGUCUUGGAGCAAGCUAAGUUAAAGAAGGAAGAUAUCUAUGCAGUAGAAAUAGUAGGAGGGACUACAAGAAUACCUGUUAUAAAAGAGCGUAUCAGUAAAUUUUUUGGUAAAGAACUCAGUACAACUUUGAAUGCAGAUGAAGCUGUUGCUCGAGGCUGUGCAUUGCAGUGUGCUAUUUUAUCCCCAGCUUUUAAAGUGAGAGAAUUUUCUAUCACAGAUUUGGUACCAUAUCCUAUUUCUUUGACAUGGAAUUCCCCAGCAGAAGAAGGAGCAAGUGAUUGUGAAGUCUUCCCUAAGAAUCAUGCUGCACCAUUCUCCAAGGUUCUCACGUUCUACCGAAAGGAACCUUUCCGUCUGGAGGCUUAUUACAGUUGUCCUAAAGAACUGCCAUAUCCAGAUCCUGCCAUAGGUCAGUUUUUAGUUCAGAAGGUAACACCGCAAGCAGAUGGAUCCAGUUCAAAAGUGAAAGUUAAGGUCAGAGUAAACAUCCAUGGCAUUUUCAGUGUUUCAAGUGCAUCAUUAGUGGAGGUUCACAAGUCAGAAGACAAUGAAGAGCCGAUGGAAACAGAUCAGCAUCCAAAAGAAGAGGAGAAAAUGCAAGUAGAUCAAGAAGAGCAACAAAAGAGUGAGGAACAUCUGCCAUCAGCACAAGCUGAAAACAAGGCUGAGUCAGAGGAAAUGGAGACCUCUCAAGCGGGAUCGAAAGACAAGAAAACAGAUCAGCCUCCUCAGGCUAAAAAGGCAAAAGUAAAGACAACUACGGUUGACCUUCCUAUUGAGAAUCAACUGCUGUGGCAAAGAGGAAAGGAUAUGUUGAACUUAUUUAUUGAGAAUGAGGGUAAAAUGAUCAUGCAGGAUAAACUAGAGAAGGAACGGAAUGAUGCCAAGAAUGCAGUGGAGGAGUAUGUUUAUGAAAUGAGAGACAAACUCUGUGGCAUGUAUGAGAAGUUUGUUGGUGAAGAGGAUCGUAAUAGCUUUACUUUGAAGUUGGAAGACACAGAAAACUGGCUAUAUGAAGGGGGUGAAGAUCAACCUAAGCAAGUUUACAUUGAUAAGCUAGUAGAGCUAAAGGCUGUGGGUCAGCCUAUUCAGGCACGAUUUCAAGAAUCUGAAGAAAGACCAAAAGCCUUUGAAGACCUAGGAAAACAAAUCCAACUUUACAUGAAAGUUGUUCAUGCAUUUAAAGCAAAGGAUGAACAGUAUGACCACUUAGAUGCAGCAGAGAUGGCCAAAGUGGAAAACAGUGCAAAUGAGGCAAUGGAGUGGAUGAACAACAAGCUCAAUCUUCAGAAUAAGCGAAGUCUUGCUUUGGACCCACUUGUCAAGGCGAAGGAGAUUGAUACUAAAACAAAAGAACUGAUAAACACAUGUAAUCCAAUAGUCACCAAACCAAAACCCAAGGUAGAACUUCCAAAAGAGGAUCAAAAACCAGCAGAACAAAAUGGCCCAGUAGAAGGCCAGGGAGAUAGCAACAGCGGGUCUCAGACAGUGGAACAGAAUUCUGAUUCAGCAGCUCCAGCAUCUACAGAAAAGAAACUUCCUGAAAUGGACAUUGAUUGAAUUCCAGCACUUGUUUAUAUUAGAAAUUACGAUAAAGCUUUAAGUUGUCAAUUUAAUGUUUGGAAUAAGAAUGGGAGCCAAAUGGGAACUGCAGUUUGCUCAUGAUUGCUCUGUUUUUGGGUAGGAUUGGUCAAUAUGAGGCAUCUUGACUCUUGGGUAGCAAACUAUUCAGUUGAAUAAGUUCAUAUGUUUUGCCAUGUGACAUUAGAACCUUAUUGUAACCAUUAGAUUUGCAGAAACGGACAUAGCUGAUCCUUCAUUUUAAUUAUACUCGUGCUGAAUUCCAUUUUUAAAAAGAGUGAGGACAACUAGAAGAGAACGUUAAACUUCUAAAUAUGAAGUUGGUAUUGUGGAUUGCAGCAGCAUUAUAUGUAUCUACUGAGAGAAUGCCAGAGGUGUUUGAAGCUCUGUUCCUAGUGGGGGGGAAAUAGAACCAAAGCAAAGUACCAGUUUGAAAUCCUUCUGCUAUUACAGAAGCCAUAAAGGUGUGCUUUCUAGCAGGGAUUUUUGUGUCACUGACAGUUAACAUGAAAUAUACUAUACCACUGAUCAGAUUACAUGUUUUUGUGUUAAGUACAAAGAACUGAAAGAGCCGGAUUAUUUGUUUUGGGCUUUUUCAAGGUUGAUGUCCACAUUCAGUUGUGGAUAUUAAUGUCCCAGACACCACAUUAAAUUGCUUAUCUGAUACACAGAGCAGUAAAUAUGUCUCUUCUUCUAUUAGACAUGCAAAUACAUAUGCUUAUGGUAAAUUCUCACCAUCUUUAUGAAAUGUGUAAAUUUCUGUUUCUAGUUUAGUUGCUUGUAGAUAAAAUGAAGAUAGACUGCUCGCUGUCUGCUGUACUUAUGGAUGAUUCUGAUUAGUUGCUAACCUUGAAGAGAAAAUUUGCUUCCUAUAUUUGACUUUAUCUUCCAACAAAAAACAAAUCUGGCAGUUUUCUCAUGUGCUCUUCGACCCUUUGGCUGUUUUGCUUCUAGUGAUAAUUGUCAUAAACUUGUAUGUGUUGAAAUUAAAAUGGAAACUUCAUACACAUUGCAAGAAAUAAAUGCACUGGAUUAUACUGGAUUUUUUUGAACUGUUGAUUAUGGGUCAAGGAAAUUAAAUUCUUGAGAAUUCGGAAAAG